AAACCUCCUCAUUUUCUAUAUAAACUCUCCCCAUUCCUUUCUUUUCCCUUCACAAAACUCACCCUUUCUUCUCCCACAAAAAUGGCAUCAAUGGCUUCCUUCUCAAAACCCUCCCUAACUUUCUCUCUCCUCAUACUUCUCUCUCUCCUAACCCUCUCUUUCGCCAUUGACAUGUCGAUCAUAAGCUACGAUCAAGACCAUCACACCAACAUCGUCUCGUCUUCGCGGUCUGAAGACGAGGUGAUGAACUUAUACGAAUCAUGGCUAGUUAAGCACAGGAAAAACUACAACGCUUUAGGUGAAAAAGAGAAGAGAUUUCAGAUCUUUAAAGAUAAUUUGAAGUUCAUCGAUCAACAUAAUUCCGAUGAUCAACAGAGUUUUAAAUUAGGGCUUAAUAAGUUCGCUGAUUUGACUAAUGAUGAGUUUCGAUCGAAGUAUUUUGGGAGGAAAAAGAAGGAUUCAUUGUUGAAGAUGAAGGUUAAAAGUGAUCGUUAUUUGUUUAGGGAAGGCGAUCAGUUGCCCAAGUCCGUUGAUUGGAGAGAGAAAGGUGCUGUUUCACAUAUCAAGGAUCAAGGCCAAUGUGGGAGCUGUUGGGCAUUCUCCACGAUUGCUGCCGUGGAAGGAAUAAACCAGAUUGUCACUGGCAAUCUGAUUACAUUGUCCGAGCAAGAGCUUGUAGAUUGUGAUAGAAGUUAUGACUCUGGAUGUGAUGGUGGACUUAUGGACUAUGCAUUCGAGUUCAUCAUCAACAACGGUGGCAUUGAUACUGAUAAAGACUAUCCUUACACAGCAAUGGACGGGACUUGUGAUCAGUUCAGGAAGAAUGCCAAGGUUGUUACAAUUGAUUCAUAUGAAGAUGUUCCUGAAAAUGAUGAAAAGGCAUUGAUGAAGGCAGUUGCACAUCAACCUGUUAGUGUUGCCAUUGACGCUGGUGGCAGCGCCUUCCAGUUCUAUCAAUCGGGUGUUUUUACUGGAAGAUGUGGAGAAGAUCUGGAUCAUGGUGUUGCAGCAGUUGGCUAUGGCACCUCUGAGGACGGGAAGGACUACUGGAUUGUGAGAAACUCAUGGGGCGGUGAUUGGGGAGAGAAUGGAUACAUCAAGAUGGAGAGGAAUGUGGCAGGCAAGAAAGCUGGUAAAUGUGGUAUUGCUGUGGAGCCUUCAUACCCGAUCAAGACCAGCAAGAACCCCCCAAACCCAGGUCCUACUCCUCCAUCUCCUCCCCCUGCACCCACUUCAACAUGUGAUUCAUACUACUCGUGCCCUUCUGCAACCACCUGCUGCUGUGUCUAUGAAUAUGGUUCUUAUUGCUUUGCCUGGGGUUGUUGCCCAUUGGAGUCUGCUGUCUGCUGUGCUGACCACUCCAGCUGCUGCCCUCAUGACUAUCCCAUCUGCAACCUCAAGAAGGGUACUUGCAAUGCGAGCAAGAACAGCCCAUUGAGUGUUAAGGCAUUGAAGCGUUCUCCUGCAAAGCUCCAUGCAAAAUUCGGCUUUUUCUAAGCACACAACAUUGCAACAACUUUCAAGGAUUUCUCAACUUAGCAAUGGUGCAGAAGACGGGAGGCCUAGAGUUUCUGAUCUCAUUUAGAAAUCCCAUUGUUCACCAUGCAUUAUUUCUUUCAGCUUGGUGGUUUUGUACAUAUUUUCUAAAUUGAACUAAUGCUCGUUAUGGCAAUGAAACUGGCAAUGAAACUAUGUUAAGACAUGGCGCAAUGCACAUGGGCUUUAAAGAACUACUGAUUAUGUAAAUAGUUUCAGUUACCUGCACUGCAUCAUCAAAUUAUGGUUACUAAUGUGAUCUUUUACAAUCUUCUAUUUUUAUGGUGUUUACUGAUA